AUGGGAGACAUAGAGUUCGCUAAAGCUCAUAAUUCUGCAAUUUUUCUUGAAGAUCCUCCUGCAGCCCACAGUGACUUGAAACUCAUUGUGGAUGGUUUGAAGAAAUCAUGCUUGCUUCAUUGCUUAACUACAAAUCCUGCUAUCUACCAAAGUUUGAUUAAGGAUUUCUGGAGAAAUGAUGAUGUAAAGAAGAAUGAUCGAGGUGAAAAAUUUCUGGAAACAACAAUCGAAGACAAGAAAAUUCUAGUUAUAGAAAGCAUCAUCAGAGAAUCUCUUCAAAUUGAGGACAGACCUGAGUACCUCAUGGAGAUUGAAGUUCAUCAAAUUGAGAAAGUUUUGGAGCAUAUGGGAUACGAAGGAACUUUUCCUCCUACAAUCGAAAAGCUGCUUCCUCCAUGCUGGAAGCUUUUGGCUCAUGUGUUUGUGAGUUGCGUUUUUGGCCGGAGAUCAGGAGCUAACGAGAUUUCUCUAGCCAAUAUUGGUGCCAUUGCUGCUUUGGCAGCAGGUUUUGAGUUUAAUUUCUCAAAAUUCGUAAUGAAUGAAAUGAUACUAAAUAUUGAAGGAAGCAAAAGAGACAAAUUCUGUAUGUAUCCAAGAUUUCUACAAAUUAUUCUUAACGUAACUCACCCCGAGUUGCAGAGAGGAAAUGAUACCCUUGAUUUCAAAUCCAUUGGUCCAAGUGCCUUUGGAUUAAUGAAGCAAAAGAGAGGCAGAAAAUUUGUAUUUGAAGGAAAAUUUCCAUUAAUAAAAUUUGGAAUUUUUAAAGAGGAUGUCAGAGAAGAAGCAGCAGAUCAAUCCAUGCCGAUGGAAAAUGAAGACACUCAUCACUCUCCCUCCGAGCCUGUAGUGGAGGAGAUUCGUCACUCUCCCACAACUUGUGUAGUUGAUGAGCAUGAUUAUCAGAAAGCAAAUGAUUCAAUAUCUUCUCGAGGGGAUGAUGACGAUGAUCUUUAUGAAGAUGUAGAGUUUUUGAAAGAAAUCGACUUUACAGGAAUCAAUGAUGACAUUCCAACAAACAUAGAGUUUGAUUUUGGUGAUGAAGAUUUUGAUCCUUUUCUUGAUAUUCCCAGCAGCCGUGCAAAUAAAGUCAAUGAAGUUGCUUCUCUAGCAGCCAAGACUAGAGAUGAAGGAAAUUGUCUCAAAAUUCUGCUCUCUACCUCAAAGCCCUUGGAAAUCACAACAAGUCAAGGAGAUGUGACAUCAAAGAUUCCUCCCUCUGUGUCACCUGUCUCAACAUCAACUCCAAUCAUUUCUAUAUUAUCUGAACCUCAAACUUCUCAGACCUCAACAAGAACAAGCCAAUCCCUUGAAAGUCUAGAGACUGAUGAAGGUCCAAGCACCAUGUUCGAGACUGGUGGAUCCUCUUCUAUUCCAGAAUAUUCUCCAACACGACCUUCUCUCGAUGAAGCAUCUAUCAGAUUAGUAAAACAUUUAGCUCAAUCUACUCCAACUUGUUCACGCGGAAAAGGAAUAUCAUUUAACGAGGUUUGGACAAAUGAUGACAAAUCUUCUUCAUCUGAUCUCCGAGAAGAAAUUGGAAUUCUCCAUCAACAGCUCAUUGAAAAAUCAAUUCAGAUGGAUCAACUUUCUGCACAUAUUUUUGAGCUCAGGGAAAAAGAUGAAGAAAAGACCAAACAAAUCAAGGAUCUACAAACGAGUCUUGGUUCUGUUCUAGCAAAUUAUUUCAAUCUCAAGAACGUAUUGUACGAUGCCUUUGGUGAGAAAGUCAAAUCCCUCUUCCAACAACCUCAUGGAGUUGUUGAUCCUCCUUCUGUUCAAUGA